AUGUCUGCCGUUGCUGCUGAUGGCAGCAUGCCGCUAAUGGAGCUGCAUGCCGUCCACUUCGGCUCUCAAGGCCUCGUGCCUUUGAGAGCUGAGGACUUGGCGCCGGGAGGAGCAGGUGCAAGUGCACUGCUUUCGGAAGCACUUGCUAGAGCUUCUGCUCAUGAGCUGGACAGACCAGAAGGUGCAGAAAGUGUCCAGGUGACGGCUGUGUUCACUGGACGUCUGACAUUUUUAGCCAGAGGCCAGAUGAACGAAGAUCCGUUAUUGCAGCUCCCUCUGCUCAUGGCACACGUCAGUGCCACGCCCGUGGACGAUGCAUCAGCAUUGCUUGCAUUGGUGCUACCAUCGAGUUCAGCAUCCACGGAGGCCUGGGUGAUGCGUGUCUACGGACGAGAGCCGGAACUUCAAGCAGUAUUGGGGCUGCUGAGCAAGUCCGGAGUGAUUCGGCACGACCUGUCUGCCACCUAUGUCAUAGGACCCCUGCUUGCGAAAGGAGGAUUUAGCUCGGUUUUCCGAGCUCAGCAACAUGACCCGAGCUCCGCUGGACAACGGAAGGUUGCUUUCAAAGUCGUUCCAAUGGCGGAUGGGGCACUUCAGCGGCAGAUGAGAAAGGAGGUUGAGCUGCAGCUGCUCUGCCAUGAGCACCAGAACAUCGUCAAGCUCGUCUCCAUUUUCCAGGCCGACGGCCAGCAGUUCGCCGAUGACAGGAGACCUUGCUGGGCCAUGGCUCUGUCCCUGGCAGGUCAAGGCGACUUAUUCGAUUGGGUGCAUUGUGGAGGCACUGUGUCCGAGAACUUUGCGGCCAGCAUCAUGCAGGGUCUGCUGGCCGCUUUAAGACAUAUACACCUUCAGGGAGUCUGCCAUCGAGAUGUGAAGCCGGAGAAUGUGCUUGUCUCGAACUCGCGCCCCCUUUUGUGUGACUUUGGGGUCGCCACACGCCUCAGCGAAGUGCGGAAGCGCCCGAUCCACUGCGGGCCUGCGGGCUUUACAGCGCCCGAGAUAUUGCUCAAUAUGGAGCCCACAACCCAGAGUGAUGUCUUCAGCGCCGGCUGCGUGCUUUUCUUCAUGAUUCUGAAGCAGCGGCCUUUCUGUGACCCCGACUUAGCGACGGCCGUCAACAGCGCGUUGACGCGGAAGAUCAACCUCGACCAGUUCGUCGAACUCCAGGACUCUCACGCUUUGAAAGAGUUGCUCGGUGCCCUGAUGGAGAGAUCACCGCUGCAGCGGCCCGAUGCAAAUGCCGCACUCGGCUACAGCUUCCUUCAGGCGGCGCUGGCACCACAUCCGCCGCCAACCGAUCCGACUUCUCGAGCUAAUCAGCGCAAGCAGGCGUUUGCAAAGAUGAUGACCACCGGGGACAAGCAGGCACCUCCCAGCGACGCCAAGCUGGAGGUCCCGCAAGAUGAGGGCCUGCGUCAGGAAAUGUCGUUGCGCAGCUUCGAAGGGACUCCGCCAGAUCCGAGUGGCACUACCUGGCAGUCCUGCUUUUCCAACUCUGCCGUUCGAAGCGAGCCGUUGGUGUUCCGCCGACGUUAUGUUGUAGUCAGUGGCACUACGAAGAGCUCUCUACAACUCAAACCCGUCAGGCAGCUGUUGGAUGUACUGGAUCUGAGUCAUACAAUUUGGCAAACCUUGGAGUUGUCUGAAUGCGAGCAAGUUCCGCUGGAAGUUCCUGAUGAUUCCGAGCCAUACUCCCCGUCUGCCUUUGACGCGCAGCCUCCCAGCAAUGCUCUGCUGAACUCAGAGCCUGCCAGGCCUGGGCCUGAGAGGAUGGUGACGGGACAGAUUCGCAGCUUCGUCCGUCAGACCUCCGGUGGCAAGAAGUUUCGCAUCGACAGUGUAGGAGGCGGAAUGACUACUGAAAUGGGCGAGCAUGCCAGGGGCCAGAUGAGUUGGUGGGCCCAUUCGCAGCAGCCUCCGGUGAUUGGAGGAAAGGCAGCAGACCAGGUGAAUCGCGACCUCUUCGGCACGUGCCACUUCACGCAGGAGCGGACAGAGGACGGCCGGCGCCGGCGGCUUGUGAGGAAGGCCACGCUUGGCGAAGGGCAGGAAGGGCAGCCUCAGGAGGAGGACUUCGACGACACCGCCUCCUGGCAAUCUUGGAGGUCCGGGGUGAUGUCCAGUGCCUCGCGGCGCUCUUCCCGUGGCCGAAGUGGCUCCGUGAUGAGUCUGGUAAGCAACGCGAGCGCUGUGGCAAUGCGCGAGCUGCUGGCAGCCAGCGACGAUGAGGCACAUCCACACGACAAUGAUGACGACUAUGCCAUAGGACCGCCUGCAGGACGAACUCUUUCUGGAAGGAGUGUUGGUGGACCACCCGUGAUGCACAGACUCUCCAUCCCAGGGGCUGGCGAUCAUCCGCCAAAGAGGCCGAUGCUAACGCCGUCGCCACCGCAGACAGCUCGCGAGCCAAGGGAUGAGCGAGGAGACCGCGACUGGGGCACCUGUGUUUUUGGCAAGGAGCCGCCUACCACCCGAUCAAGCUGGACCUGGCCGGGGGCGCAGAUUAGCCGCGGGGUGAAGCCGAUGGUUCAGCAGCUGGCUGCCAGUAUGGCAAGCGAAGCCAGCAUGGCUGGCGUCGGGAAGACUCCUAGUGCCGUGGGCAUGCAGGCAGCCUGCACCGAAAUCUCAUAA